GUGAAUAUUUACGCUAUAUUAGCUCGCAACAAAGGAUAAUAUGAAGAGGAGUAUGAAAAAAAUAUGUAAGAGUACGAAGGGUUGAUUCGUUAUUUUUUAAACGGUAGAUACGCAUCCAAUGUCAUCGUGUAACACACUACUAUUAUAGUAAUGAUACGAUAUCAGCGAAGGGUAAUUGCGGUAGAAAAUAAGUCUAUUGAAGGAAGUAAGAGGGAAUUGAUUUUACGAUCGUCAGUUACAUUUCUAACUUCGAAUAGGAGCUGCUCGAGAGUGGUGUAUAACCCACUUCUUUCUACAUUUUCUUAUAUUAUAUUACUAUAACGAAAUAAGGAUCGGUUAAACAAAGGAAGUGCGUGAUAAUAAAAAGUUUUCACAUCAAGCAUGCAUAUACUACGAUGGACAUUCUUAUUGUUCACAUUGUGCGGCUGUUUUCCACCAUCUUCGUGGAAAACACCCCGCAGAAAAUUUUUGUACAAGAUUUAUACGGUGUUCUCGCUCCUGGUCUUGAAUACUUUCUUUCUUUGUUUAAUAAUGGAUAUGAUAUACAAUGUAGAAAACAUAGACGACUUCAGUGAUAAUUUUCACGUGACGGUGGGAUCGUUCCUCACAACCAUCAAGGUCUCCGUUAUGGUGAUAUAUCGUGAAAGCUUCGUACGUUUGCGCGACACUCUACAGAAAGAGCCACUUUUGCCAAUGAACCAACAAGAAUUCGAAAUUUUGUUGAGAUUCGACAAAAUUACCGACUGGAACACACUUGGUUAUAUGACGAUCCUCAUGACUAGUAAUUUUUAUCUAUUUAUGGAAUCGCUUCUGACGUAUAAGAAAAGACAACUAACGUAUCGAACAUGGGUACCAUACGACUAUUCGUCCGCAUCUGCAUUUCUGCUUACUUUGCUUUAUCAGUUGUUAUUCACGACGAUAUGCUCCUUUGGAUGCGUCGCUACUGAUUCUCUGUACAGUGGCCUACUAAUUCAUAUUACCUGCCAAUUUGAAAUACUAGAACAUCGUCUGAAGAACAUCGAAUCGAACCAGAAUUACUCAGUGAAGCUGUGUGUUCGUCAUCACGAUCAUAUAUACAAAUUUAGCGAAAUGGUGAACGAGGAAUUCAGAACGAUCAUGUUUUUCCAAUUCUAUACAAGCCUGUGUAUGAUCUGUUUCAACCUUUAUCAAAUAACACAAAUGGAAAUGGAUUCGAACAUCAUAGGAAGGAUCCUCUUUAUGAACUUUUCGUUGAUGCAAAUAUUUUACUACUGUUGGUUCGGGAAUGAAGUCAAGCUUAAGAGUUUGGAACUUCCCGAUGUGAUAUUCAGAAGCGACUGGACAUCGUUAAAUAACAACGUUAAGAAAGCUUUUUUGAUGUUAAUGAGGCGUGCUAUGAGACCGAUCGAAUUUACCAGUAUUUACGUCAUCUCCGUCAAUCUUGAGUCCUUCAUGACACUACUGAAGACUUCUUACUCCGUGUUCAGUGUGUUCCAACAGAGCCGGGAAUCAUGAAAACAGAGGCUAAUUUCUUAACAUAGAACCGUCUUUCUUCGAUUCUUCCGAAUAGAGUAAUAACUGUUCACUUAGAAAAAGGAAAAGAAAAAAGCAAAUCGUUCAAAACACUGGAAACGUGCACUAGACUAUUCGAAGUGCAUUCCAAUAAAUUAUAUGAAACAUGAAUAACACAUAUGUACAUGCUUAAUCACUUGCCCUUAGCGACACUUUUCACUUGUCUUCCUCUUCUUCCGUCAAUGAAACUAUUCAAAAUAAAGUCUAUCGGUAAACCGUGACCUUCU